AUGGCUUAUGCUUCGACCCAUCCCAAUGUGCUCAGCGUGAUCAUCGAGGUCGAGUUCCUCGUGGCUGUCGAAAAAGACGGCUACAAAUACAACAAUAACACCGCAGCUGCUGGAAACGAUACAGAAAGCACCGCCUCGCAAAUUCACAAAUGGACCUGUCCAUCCCAAGCAGACGACCCAUCCAUGGAUGUCCUGCACCAAUGCAGGGCCGUCCUGUCCAGAGACAACGCCAACGUCAUCAUCCGACACAACGAAACGCACCUGACAGAGAGGUCCUGGCAGUCUGCGCGUUUCGAUUCCUGGAUCCUACAGCCCUGCCACAGCGCAUUCGCUUCGUCGGGCAGCCCGGCAAACUACGACUGGAGCGGCGUCAAGCUCCGAAGCCCGCUCAUACCCGACACGGAGCUCAACGGCGACCUGUCGCCGGUGCACCGGUGUGUCGAAACCCUCCGCCGCGCCAUCUUCAUCCGCGUGGAUGCAUCCUGCAAGCUCAGCGUCUCGCUCCGGCCCAACAACAACUUCACACUGGUCCAGGCCAAGAAGCUCGCGACCUUGGUGUGGCUCACGGAAAGGGACCUGCUCGUUCCGCUGCGGCACCUGAGCCGCGACGCGGCCGUCGUCUGCCCUCGGCCAGUGACGACCGCAUCCCUCAUGGCGAUUUCUCGCCAUGGGCAGAUGGAUGUCGCCGAGCCUCUCGACCCACUGCUGGAGGGAAUCAUGCAUUCCCACCUGCCGACGGGCCUGGGGGACAGCGUCGCCCGAGGCUGCCUGCAGAGACUGUGGGCGUGUUCUGACCUCGCCCAUCUCUCGAGCGCGCUUCGCGACCGGCACCACAGCCCCCUGGCUUUCGCCCUGUACGUAUACGACGACGACGACGACGCCGAGGACAGCAACACCUCGUGCUGCGCCGUAGCGUCUUUCCGCUGCGCGCCGUGGCAUCCCCGCCACGGGCUCGACGUGUCGCCACUCUGGACAGACCUGGUUCUUGCAUUUGGAAGGGCCAUGAGCCUGGCAUCUGAGCGUUUCAAGGGUCUUGUAGCUGAGAUUGACGAGACGAACUGCGCGUCUCGCCAGGGUGAUGCCGACGGAGCGUGCCACCGGACACGGCUGAUGAAGGCGCUGGGCACGGGGGACGCGCGCUGCGCGGAGUGGGAGUGUAUCGUGGCGGACUGUAGAAACGGCGCUCCCUGA